CCAAAAUGUUGUAAUUUCCGCGGUUUAGUCAUACCGGCGCAAUUCUCGCUAGCCGACUCCUUUUUUUUAAUUCUCAUUUCACUCUUUCUAUUUCUCAUCCCGACAUCGAAAAUACGUAUUUGCUGACAUAUUUUCCCGUUUUUUCUGUUCAACCUUUUAUCCACUCUCAAUUCGUGUAUACCCCUCUAUAUAUUCCAAUCGUUGUAACUUCGCAUCGUUGUAUAUGUGCUUUAAAUAUUUACGUUUAUUGAGUCUCGUCGAUCAUUGUCAAUUUUUCGAGGUCAUCCGCGCCCUGAGACGAGACAUUAUCGGAGCACCAUGGAUCUCCACACCAGUUUGGUUUAUGUUGCGGUUGUGGUAGUCUCAGCAUUUGUUAUCUUUCUUGUCUCUGUAUACGGAAUCAAGGAAAAAUCUUACGAGGAGGCUAUAGCCGAGCAGAGGAAACUUCCGGAUGAUCAUCUUCUUAUGGGUAAAAAAGAAAAAGGCAAAGACAAGAAGCAUAAAAAUAAGACUGGAAAGAAAGCUAAGGAAAAGAAAGAAGAUAAAGAAGAGAAAGAAGAAAAAACGGAGCACGCCGCUGCUGUUCACUUUGACGAAACGCCGACUGUGUUACCACCUGAACCAACCUUUAUGGAAGUUGGCAAAGGCGCCAAAAAGAAGAAUAAGAUCGAGAGGGUUAAACCAAUUCUCGUAAACAAGGAUGACUCGUCGGUACACGUGGCAGAAUUAACGGAACCGGAAAAUCCGCUUACCGAAGCUAAUCAUUUCGAUCGUAUCCAACCUAAGGACAGCCUCGAAUUGAUCCGCAGCCAUAGUAGAGAAACGGCGAGUGUGCAGCAGGCUGUCCAAUCGGAGCCGAUAAUAAACAAGUCGCCGAAGGAAACUCCAUCGAAGACGAAGAAGAAUGUUAAGGAGCCUGUUAAAAAGAAGGAAGAAUCAAAGGACGAAAAGAAAGAAGCGGUCGUGGCGAGUGCGAGCGCCCCCCAACAACAGCAACAGCAACAAGUCGUGAAGGAACUUGCGAAAGAACUGAAAGAAGUUGUCAAAGAAACGAUUACGGUUACCGCCAGUUCAACACCUGCUCCCGUCAACACCACUGCUCCUGCUGUGAGCAAGGAAACGAAAGAUGCUGUUCAACCCUCAAACAAAGAAACGAAGAAGGGCAAGAAGAAAAACGACAUUUUGGCGCAAAUCGGUGGAGAUCGCGAUGGUAUAAACGUUUCAUUGCUGAUGCCACUUGUACAAAAAGCUGAGCUCAGUCGUUCCGAAAUUCAAAUUUUGAUCGACCAACUGUUGAACAAACAGCAAGAUAACCCUUCGGAACAUUCCGAAUGGACUGAGGGUCGCACCGAUCCAGUUAUCAAGCUGAAAAAACAAUUGGCUGAGAAAGAAAAAGCCCUGAGCGAGGAACACGAAGCGAGCGCUACUUUCCAAAACAAAUUGAAAGAACUUCGCGCCGAAUUUAACGCAGAGAGAUCCCGAUUCACCAGCCAGGUUAAACAGCUCGAAGAAGCGUUGAACGUUAAAAUCACCGAAGCUCAAACUCUUCACACUCGCAUGCAACACAUUUUGGAAUCUCACGCCGCGGAGAAACAAGGAUUCGCUCGACAAAUCGAACAGCUCCAGGCUAAGGUCAACGAAGACGCUGCUAUCAUUCACAAAAUGCAGGAAGAACAAGGCCAGACUCAGGGCCAGAUGCAACAGGAACUCAUUGCCCAAAGAAAACAGCUCGAAGUACAGUUUGGACAAAUGCGAGAAAACGAAAACGCUCUCAAGGGACAAUUGGCUCAGAAACACAUUGAGAUUCAGGAACUUCAGACCGUUAAUAUCAACGUGACUCAAGAAUUGCAGGCUACUUGUGAAAGUAGCACUGCUGAAAUCGAAAUGUUGCGACAACAGUUGGGCAUGAUGGACGAUCAACUUGUACACUCCGAGGCACAACUCCAGGACGUUGCUAGACAACUCGAGGAAUCUCAUCGUGCUCAUGCUGAUUUCGACCACAGGCUAAAAGGAGCUCAUCGCCACGAGCAGGAAUUACAGAAGCAAGUGCACUCGCUUCAGGCUGAGUUGAAAAUGGCGAAAACCGAAGCGAGCGAAAGCUCAGGAUUGAAAAAUGAAUUGAAUAAAGCACAGGCGGAAUUGAUGAAAAUAAGAAGCGACUUGUCGUCGUCCAGGAACGAGGUUAAAUCCGAAGCAGCUGAAAUAACGACACUGCGAGCUGCCAUCAACGAAAAAGACGAACAACUCAAGUACUAUCAAUCGGAAAGUACGAAGAUGGCGAACGCGCUUCAAGAUGAACGAGGCGAAGUUGCUCGUUUAAGAACGGAGCUCGUUACCGCUCAGGAAGAUCUUAGAAAACAAAGAAGCGAGAUCGAGAAUCUUGUUCAACAAUUGACCAAAGCUACUGGCAAAGUCACUAAACUCGAACUCGAAUUAACAAACGCUACUGCGAACCAGGUCACAAAGACUGAGAACGAAGCCCUGCAAAAUGGGGAUGGUAAAAUCUCCGAUGUUCAGCUGCAGAUAACUAGGCUGCAGGAAGAAAACGAUAGAAUCUCAGCACAGCUCGGCAGGUUUGUGGAACUCCAAAAAGAAUUGAAACAAUUGCGCGAGGAAAACGAAUCGCUUGCUUCGCAAUUGGCAGCCAGUACCGAGCGUCCAGCAGCGGAGGGUCGUGAAAACGGUGUCGAGGACAAAUUGCUGGAGCACACGAAUUUGUUGGAGCAAAAAGAGAACCAACUCGGUGCCUUGAAGAUCGAAUUGGCUAACAAGGAAUCGGAGCUCGUUAAACUACGCGCCCUGGUUGAAAGUCUCGAGACCCAAGUGAACAAACAAAACAGUGUGACGAAAACUUUAGAAGAAGAUCUUGAAGCACAGCGUUCCAAGAACAACGAGUUGCGUACUAAGAACUGGAAAGUGAUGGAAGCGCUUUCGGCUGCAGAAUCGCGAGCUAAAAACAAUACCGGAAAAAGCAUUGACGAGAGUGUAGAAAAGAUCAGAACCGAUCAACAGGAAUGGACGAAAUCUCUGUUACAAAGGAUAUUCCCUGAAAUACAAGUGUCAGAGAAAUCGAAUGAGCGCUGGCUCGAAGCCUUCGAAACUCAGGUCGAUGUCGUAUUGACAGAGUUGAGAACACGUCGAGAUUCGGAUGAAACGGGCGACCUUGAGAAGCGGAAUGAGAAUCUUCGGGGCAUGGUUUCGCAAUACAGACAAAUAAUCGACGAAACGGAAAGUAUGUUGAUGAAACUCCAGAGUCACAUGGAGGCGGAGGAAUCGAAAUGGGUAUCUCAAUUGAUGCAAAAAGAAAACGAGGUGUCGAGUCUUAGGAUAGAAUUGAGAGAACUUCAGAAAAAUUUGGUAGUCAACGAAAAGUUGGCGAGCCCUGAAUCUCACGCAACUGUUGACUCCCUCGUGUAUGACAGUGACGGAGUUGAGUUUGCAUUUAGCUGUAUCGAGAAAUCACUGCCUACGAUCACACGACAGUUGCAACAAAAAAUAACGGAGCUCGAAGCCCGAUUGACGGAGGAGGAAAAUCUGCGGGCAGAAUCGAAGGCUGAAAUAUUGGCACUCAAACAAGUACACAAGAAUUCGGCCACGAACUCGAGUCACGAAAAAAUGUGCGAGACUGAAAUUCGAGGAGGCAGCGGUAACUCUGAUCAGACGAUCAUAAACGGCCCAGCUACUUCCGAUUCUACAAAAUCCGAGCCAACGAGAGCAACAGAUACUCUGAUAGCUGCAUUAGAAAAAACUCUGCUAAAGAACGCAGAUUACGAAAACAGUUCGGUAAGCGACAACACCGCGAGUUUCGAACAGUCACAGCGAGAAAACGACGACAGCUCCUUAACCUCAGAAAUAAAUUCUAAUCACUGUCACACGGCAGAACACGAGACUCAGGCUAGUCGGAACCCCUUGAACGGCCAACAUCAGAAAAAGCACAAGAAAAAGAGGAAGGGUGGGUCAGGAAAAAAGUAAUGUCUAAGAACAAACUGCGCUAAUGGAUUGAAUUGCAUACUGCGCUCGUUUCGUUAUUCCGAGUAAUAACAAAACAUAUGGACAGAAGAAGAGAAAAAUGCAAGACAAGGGAGAAGAGAGAGAGAGGACAAAACGUUAUAGUGUUUAAUAGAGAGCACAUACAGUCAAAGCUGUGGACUCGCGUGUUCCGGUGACUUUGCUACUGAGAAGACUAAUAUAAUAAUGAAAUAUUAUGAAUAAUGUUUAUUAUAAACGGUAGAAACGAACAAACAAAAUACAUAUUUUAUUAUGCGGAAGAAAAUAUAAAGGAUUAGAGAGAGAGAGAGAGAGAGAGUGAGAGAGGAAGAGAAGAAUGAAGGAAACAAAAAAGAUCGAAAAAUAAGUAGUUAGUUGAACGAGAUUAUUGAAUUGGGAAAAAAAGCGUUGAAAAAAGAGCAAAAAAUAAUACGAUGAAUACAUAGAUUUUUAAGACUUACUCGAACCAUUUAUUUAGCGUCAAGUGGACAGAAAAAGGCAUUGACGAGAGUUUUAUUUGCACAUUUUUUUACUAGAUUAAUUAUAGAAAAUGAUUUGUUUUUAUAUAUAUAUAUUAUAUAUGAAAGCCAAGGGGAAUCCGGAACAGUACAGCGAGAUGUUUCGAUUUUGCGAAUGAAUAAUUUGACGAUAGAAUCUGAAAAGGCAGCAUAACAAUGGUAAUCGGUUAUGGCAUUUGCUAACGGUGGUAGCCAGUAUUUCUAGUUGAAUAAUUGCUGGAGUGAAAGUUGACGAUUAUAUCACGAAACAAAAGCGUAUCAAAAUUUCAGCACAAUUUCUCGAAAUAUUAAUAUGAGUUGCUGCGAGGAGACAAAAAUGUCCGACCCCUUGGCAAUUAUUUAAUUAGAUAUUCGUGACGUCUCAAUCCUUCAUUCAUAUUAUGAAUAGAUGAAUGACCGUGUCGGUUUUCCUGAAAGAAUGAAAAUAACGAGAGGAGUAUUGUCAUCGAUGGGAAUCGUGUGCAUUUUAAAGAGAUGAAAAAUCUGCAAAAAAACAAACGUAUUUAUCCAAUCACAUGUGCAAUAAACGUCAGAGUCUCGUACGUUGGUACAAAAAGGAAAAAAAAGAAACAAAACAAAGACAACAAUUGAUUAACGAAGUUUGAAUUCUCUAUUAGCAGAGAUAUAUGUAUAUUAUUGAGAAAUUGAAAUGAAUUUAACAAGAUGACUGGUCGACUCACAAAGAGAGAUUAAAACGUAGGAGGAAAUUGUAAUAUUAUCAGGCAUUAAAUACUAGAUCAGGUUUGCACCAACGGAUAUCCGGGCGAAAAUCCGCGACAAGUCAUAUCAAAUUAACAACAAAAUAAUAGUAAUAUUAAUGAUAAUAAUAAUUUUUAAUAAUAAUAAACAAGAAAACACACACAAGCACGAGUGUUCAAUUGUGUAUCGCGAUUGAACGAAACCCUCGAAUGUUCGAAGCUAAAAUGGUAAAACGGGAACACGCUCUUGCCAUCACAAAAAAUGUUAUCAAAGUUCACGUCCUUGAAAAUCAACGAAAAAUUCUCAUUUUUUUUCACGCUUCGUUUCAUUUCUCAUUUUAACUGCAAAAAUCUUUCAGACUUUUUGUUGCACUCUAGGCAUCGAUUGGAAAAUUCAUAAUUUCUAUAUUAAAAAAGAAAUUUUGCGAGUAAGUAAAUGAAAAUUUGUUGCUUUUCAACAACGCAAGUUUCAACAGCAUCAAAGAAACCUCAACGUCGCACAAUCAACAGCGAUGCUCGUGUCUCAUGUUCCAGUGAAUCAUGUAACGGGGAAAACCUUACAAAAAAAUACAAUAACAAAAAUAUUUCAAUCAUGAAUGUAUAAUCGCAGUAUUUUGGGAACAUGCUUGAUACAACCCAGUUACAAGCGACAGGAUAGCAACGUUGUAACGAGAACGAUGAGUAAGAUCAUUAGAAGAAACGACUAAAUGUGGUGGUUCUUUUUUUGCGUUUUCACCGAGCCUGGCGCAACGGAUGAAUCUGGGCCCGCUGCUAUGAAAAACUGAAAGUUCGUUCAUUCUGUACCGUACUUAUUUUAUAUACAUUUUAUAAAUAUACAGAAUAAGGGGUAAAUUGUGAACUAAUUUGCUUUUGCUUCUUCGGGAUGAGGUGACAGUGGGUCGUCAUUACAAAUAAAGAUUGAAAAUGCAAAGAGAUUCGGACACGAAGAAAUUGUUGAGCGCAUGAGUUCCCGGUCGAUAAUUCGACCGAAUCAUCAAUGUUAUGUCGUCAGUAAAAUUGAAGUUAUUGAUUGAAUCUCUGUUAAAAAAGAAUGAAAAAAAAAAGAAAAUAAUUGAAACAAUAAAUAUUUAAGAAGAUCCGAAUAAA